CCAUGAAGUUGGGGCGAACAACAAGCGACAUCACGGUGAAGCGAUUAGAGGGUCUGUCAGAUAAAAUCGGAUAGAUUCGUUCUUCAUUGCGUCCGUGGACAAGAGAAAGGGAUAAACUUGAGCGAUGGCCAGCGCGCGCGCGCACGUGCCAGAAUCAAACCUGGCUCGAGCAACCAGCACGAUACAAGAUACAUGCAUGCAAUACCUGCCAGACGAGCCCCUCUCCGUGGACUCGCGCGUCAGCAGACAUCUCGCCGACCCAAGUGGAUCUCCGCAGCUAUCUAAAGAUAGUUGAUGAGAACUUCAAAAUGGUCCUUAACACAGUCAGUUUCGUAGCCCAUAUAUAUUAAAUAAAAUAUAUUUGAAAAUGAAUAAAAGUUUUAUGUGUCAAAAUGAUAAGCAACAGUCAAAAAGAAUAUCCAAAAAAUCCACGACAAAAUGUGAAUAUAAUUUCUCUUCUCCUCUUUUGGUGGACUCAAAACAUUUUUCGAACUGGCUACAAAAAAGAUUUGGAAGAAACCGAUCUUUACGCAACACUAACGCAAGACAAAACCAGCAACUUAGGCACACUUAUAGGCAAAGCUUGGAAAGCAGAAGAAGAAUCAUGCGCAAAAAAGAAAAAUGGCAGCAAACCACUGUUACUUAAAGUGCUGUUGUGUAUGUUUAUAAAACCGAUCAUUAUAAUUGGAGUUGCACUUGCAAUUAUGGAGUUAUUUUCUAGAAUGUAUCAACCAUUAUUACUUGCUACUUUGCUGCGCUAUUUCGCGAGUGAUAAAAAAGAAUGGAGCGACGAAGUGUAUUAUAGCGCAGGCGGUAUAAUCUUGCUGUCUAUCAUGGACGCUUUUAUUUCACACCAUUGCGUACAUUGGGCCUUUCACUUAGGACUGAAAAUUAAAAUCGCCUGUACCUCACUGAUUUACCAAAAAAUAUUAAAGCUUUCCAACUCCGUACUGGACAAAGAUACAUCUGCUGGACAGAUGGUAAAUUUUCUGAGUAGCGAUAUUACCAGGUUGGAAGCGUCUCUGGUAGAUCUGCACUACAUUUGGCUUGCGCCUCUUCAAAUCAUAUGGAUAACGUACGUUACAUAUUCCGAAAUUGGUUGGGCAGCACUGAUAGGAAUAUCCGUAUUUUUACUGUUCAUUCCUUCUCAAGCGUGCUUAGCGAGAAUUGUCGCACCUUUAAGAUUUAAAUUAGCACAAAAAACAGACAACAGACUUCGACUGAUGAAUCAAGUAAUCACUGGGCUACAAGUAAUUAAAAUGUAUGUUUGGGAGAUUCCUUUUUAUAAUCUUGUGGAAAAGGCGAGGAAACGAGAGAUGAGUGUAAUAAAGAAAUAUUCUAUUGUGGAACAAUUAGCUCUUACUCUCGACUGCUUCGUACCGCGCCUUAGUCUCUUCGUCGCAAUAUUGGCAUACGUUCUAUUUGGAAAUUACAUCAACGCAGAAAAAGUGUACUUGGUAACAGCGUAUUACAACGUUUUACGAAGCUCGAUGAUUUUUGGAUUUUCGAUGGGUCUCCAUCAACUGGUACAGGCACUAGUUUGUAUCCGCCGGUUGCAAAGGUUCAUGUUGCACGAUGAGAUCACCAAAACGAAACAGAAUCCAUGUCAGACGGUUCCCGACUCGUUUGCACUUCGUAUGACCGACGUGAACGCCAAAUGGCAUGGCGACAGUAAGGAUGAUACGUUGCGUAACGUAAACUUGACCGUACCGCCUGGAAGCUUCGUCGCUAUUGUCGGUCAGGUGGGUUCGAGUAAGAGCAGCCUCUUGCAAGCGAUACUUCAGGAAUUGCCGUUGACAAGCGGGAGCAUCGAGAGCCACGGCAGAAUAAAUUAUGUCAGCCAACAACCAUGGAUCUUCGCGUCUUCCGUGAGGCAGAACGUCCUGUUCGGGCAACCGAUGGACAAGUCGCGUUACGACGAAGUGAUCAGAGUCUGCCAGAUGGAAUCGGACAUAGACUCGUUUCCCCAUGGCGACCGUACCAUCGUAGGCGAGAGAGGGAUGAAUCUGAGUGGCGGUCAGCGUGCUAGGAUCAACUUGGCGCGAGCGAUCUACAAAGACGCCGAUAUUUACCUGUUGGACGAUCCCCUAUCUGCCGUGGAUUCGCACGUCAGCAAACGUCUCGUAAAGAAGUGCAUAUGUGGCUACCUAAAAGGAAAAACGAGGAUACUGGUGACGCAUCAACUGCAGUAUCUACAACUCGCUGACCAGAUUAUUGUGAUGAGCAACGGUAGUAUUGAUCAGAAGGGCACACUUGACGAAUUGCAAGCAUCGGGUCACGAUUUUAUGAAGCUGGUAAAGGCGAUAGACGCGGAGAGAGAGGAAAACGAGAGCAGACAGUCCGUUAAUCAGCGCCAGAUUUCGAUGAGGGUUGAGUCAAAUGGAGUAAAGGUUGACGAGGACAAUUCACCGGUUGAAACGCAGGAGACGAUGGCGAAAGGACGCAUAUCUCGCGGAACGUUAUUUGCUUAUUUCAAGGCGAGUAAGAAGCCUGCCCUGAUCGUACUAAUGAUGUUAAUCUUCUUGGCGAAUCAGGUGAUAUCCGGUGGGAGCGACUACUUCGUCGCGUUCUGGGUGAACGUCGAAUCGAGUUCAUGGCACAUAGAAAACUCCACGCGAGAUUUUCAGUGGGAAGGACCACUGCCCCGCGACUCUAUGAUAUAUAUAUAUAGUGCUAUGAUACUGGCCAUCAUAUUGCUGUGGCAGUUCCAAACGAUCGUGUACUUUACGGUGUGCAUGUGGUCCUCGGUGAAUCUCCACUCCGCUAUGUUUCGCAGUAUAAUACGUGCAACCAUGUACUUCUACAGUACUAAUCCAGCUGGUCGCAUACUAAACAGGUUUGCUAGAGAUAUCAAUAUUGUCGACUUAAUGCUGUCGAUGUGCAUAUUUGACAUCAUAGUAAUUGGACUUAUCUCGAUCACGGUAGCAGUUAUGAUCAUUGCGGUUACCCCAUGGUUGGCGAUACCUACUAUACUUUGCGCUUGCAUUUUCACCUAUUUUCGAACGAUAUACAUCUCUACCGCUCGCAGUAUCAAGCGCCUUGAAGGAACAACACGUUCUCCGAUCUUCGAUCUGCUCGGGGCAUCUCUACAAGGUCUGACGACAAUUAGAGCUUUCAAUGCCGAGGAGAUAUUAAUGGCAGACCUGUGCAGUCAUCAAGAUGUCCAUUCGUCUGCUUGUUUUCUUUUCUUAUCAACAUCUCGGGCAUUUGGCUUCUAUAUUGAUAUAAUUUGUCAACUUUAUAUCGGGGCGAUAAUCAUAGCUUUCACGAUCGUCGACGGUCUGGCUGUUGUUGGUAAUAUCGGCCUGGUAAUCACACAGACCAUGGCGUUGACGAACAUGCUGCAAUGGGGAAUCAGACAAACGGCCGAACUGGAGAGUCAGUUGACCUCUAUAGAGAGGAUACUCGAGUAUAGCCGUUUAGAGGAGGAGCCAAUGAUUGACAGCAAGCCGGAGACCAAGCCACCGGACGAUUGGCCGGCGAAAGGUCUUGUGGAAUUCAAGAACGUAAGCUUGAAGUACAAUCGUCAUGGCGCUUACAUCCUCAGAAACGUCAGCUUCACCGUCUUGCCGGAAGAAAAGAUCGGUAUCGUCGGCAGAACUGGCGCGGGAAAGUCGUCUCUGAUCAACGCUCUCUUUCGCCUAGCCUGCAUUGAGGGUGAGAUCGUCAUAGACGGCGUGUCCACCGACACGAUCGCCCUGCACGACUUCCGCUCCAAGAUCAGUAUUAUUCCCCAGGAGCCGUUCUUGUUCACUGGCACUCUGCGGCGAAAUCUCGAUCCCUUCGACCAAUAUACCGACACUGUGCUGUGGCAGGCACUCGAGGAUGUCGAGUUAAAGAAGACUAUCUCCGAGAUGACAGCUGGACUGAAUACAAAGGUGUCUGAUGACGGGUCGAACUUUAGCGUCGGCCAGAAACAACUACUGUGCCUCGCGCGAGCUAUUAUCAAGAACAAUCGGAUUAUGGUACUGGACGAAGCAACUGCCAACAUCGAUCCUUACACGGAUUCCCUUAUACAAAAGACAGUUAGGACGAAAUUUAUAAACUGUACUGUGUUUACCAUAGCUCACAGGUUGAACACCAUUAUGGAUAGCGAUAAAAUAUUUGUGAUGAACGCUGGACACCUUGAGGAGUUUGAUCACCCAUACAGUCUUUUACAACGGAAAGGACUUUUCUAUAACAUGGUACAGCAAACUGGUACUGCGAUGUCUGAGAAUCUUAUUGAUGUAGCCACAAGAAACUUUUAUAAGAAGGAUAAAUCGCCGUCUAGAUAAUCAAUUUUCAAUAUAAUUAUAUGCCAAGAAAUGUUUCAAACAAUCACAUUUAUUAAGAUUAUUAUAUAAUAUUAUUUUAGACUUAAAGCUUUCACGGCCAUUGACGUUGUUUCCAAUAGAUAUUAUAUAAUAUUAUUAUAUAAUAUGUUAAAAGAAAUAUAUUUUUUGCGUCAA